UUGGACGGACAAAACAGCCAACUUUGAAUCCGACAUCAACAAGUUCAAUCCCUCUCCCCAAUUCACCGGGUCGCUGCUCCGUUGAUCAUGCUCAAGUCACUCGCUCAAUUCCGCCUCGUUCAAACCCGCCUUGCCGUCCUGCUGCUGCUCUCCGUGCUGGUCGAGCACUCGUUCGCCGUCCUGACCUUCACGACAAACUGCAGCCCGGUCCAGUGCAACUCAUCGGUGCCGCCGACGUCAAUGUCCUCGGGUGCAAUCUCCAUCAUCCCGAUGCAGAUCAACUGGACCGACAGCAACACCAUCGUCGUCAGCUAUGUCGAGACCGAAACCAACGUUGCCCUUCAGCUCAAGCCCGGUCGGGUGCAGUUCUCGUACAUGGUCAAGAAGCCCGUGAGCCUGGCACAGUUCACGGCAGGAGGCCACACCGUCAACACCGUCAUCGUCACGCCCCUCGAUUCAUCCAACGGCACUGGCCUGGUCGCCAGCUAUGCAGCUGCUCCGCUCACCUGGCCCGCCGGCUCGUCCUCGGUCUCGUUUACGCUCGAGCCCAGCGUCCAGAUCGACGCUAGCUCUGCCGCCCCGACUGCGGCAACGACCGACGGCACCACCACAGGCAAUUCGAGCAAAGCCUGGGCUCCCCAGCCAACCGAAACCUACCUGAUCUACACCUAUUUCAACGCCACACAGCUCAAGGUUGCGGAUGGCACGCAGAAUGGCAUCCAGGCUUGGUCUGGCCCUGUCUAUCUGCUCGCAGCCUCCGCUGCGGCGCCGGCGGUGCAGCCCACUGCCCAGGUCAACAACACCAUCGUCGUCAGUCCAUUCAAGAACGGGGCCGGCUCGUCUCGCGGCGGAUUCCUGGGCGACCACGGGCUGGUUCUCGGGUCUCUGGGUCUUGUCGCCGGUCUCUAUGUAUUCUGGAUGUAAUUGAUAUUUGUCAGGAGAGAAGGGGCGGGGAGACAGCGGCGGCCAGGCGAGCAUUUUAUUGGGAUCCUGCAGGCAUUUGGUUUGUAUGUCGCUUGCUCCAUGUCCAACGAUGGCAUUGAUAGCCAAGCAAGUCUCGAGCUCAUGAUCAAGUCCACCACCACCGCCGCCGUCACUGUCGCCAAUCCAUCCAGCACCGGUCCGCCCUCUGCCCUGUGCCAAUGCCUCUGUUGGUAUUGGCAAUGCCCCCCCCCGCCAUCGCCCACCGUUUCCUCACUCUAUUUCAAUCGCUUUCC